GUGGCCAAGGCGGGCCGAGGGUUAGCACCCGGGGUGGGCAACUGCGCCUCCCAGCCUAGGCCUCGGGGGGCAGGGGUCCCCGGAGGGUGGGGAGCACCGAUGUCCCUCCGACCACCGAGGUCACCUCCCAGCCCAGCCCCUGAAAGGCGACGGUAUCGCCAUCCCUGUAGGUCCUCACCUCCUCGACCCUAGACGUCAUUUAUUAAAUGGCUGAGACCCCUCCCCCAGCUCCGUGGCUAGGCCGAGGAGGCCCUAUGCACCUGCGCGAAUGCUGCACGCCACUGCAGUCCGGGUGGGCUGUCCUCCAAGGGUCUGCAGAUGAGGGCGGGCGGCGGGGGGACGACCGGGAGCCCCUUCUCUCUCUCUCUCCGCUCUGCGAACAUCUCUCCUCGCCGCCUCCAGCACUGCGCAGGCCUGAGAUCCGAGCGGGAUUCCUGGGCCGGCCCCUGCUUUCCCCAGGUUUCCAAGCAGGUUGAUUUGGAGACAUGUCCGCGUCGGUAAAAGAAAGCCUUCAGCUUCAGCUGCUGGAGAUGGAAAUGCUGUUGUCUAUGUUUCCUAACCAAGGAGAAGUAAAACUGGAAGACGUAAACGCCCUAACGAACAUAAAGAGGUAUCUGGACGGCACUAGGGAGGCGCUCCCACACAACAUCGAAUUUGUGAUCACGCUUCAAAUUGAGGAGCCCAAGGUGACAAUUGAUUUGCAAGUGACCAUGCCUCACAGCUACCCCUACGUGGCUUUGCAGCUGUUUGGACGGUCACCUGACCUUGACAGACAACAGCAGCUUCUUCUCAACCAAGGUCUCACUGCUUAUCUGGGGACCUUUGAUCCUGGUGAGCUGUGUGUCUGCGCAGCCAUCCAGUGGCUGCAGGACAACAGCGCAUCCUACUUCCUCACCAGAAAGCUGUCGGAUGAGCCGUCCACACAAGCAAAGCCGGUCAAGAACACGUUCCAGCGGAUGUGGAUCUACAGCCACCACAUAUAUCAGCAGGACCUCAGGAAAAAGAUCCUGGAAGUGGGCAAGAGGUUAGAUGUGACUGGAUUUUGCAUGACGGGAAAGCCUGGCAUAAUCUGUGUGGAGGGCUUCAAGGAUCACUGUGAGGAAUUCUGGCACACAAUCAGAUACCCCAAUUGGAAGCACAUUUCCUGCAAGCACGCCGAGAGCGUGGAAACAGAGGGGAACGGUGAAGACCUGCGCCUCUUCCAUUCUUUUGAAGAAUUACUCCUUGAGGCCCAUGGCGACUAUGGACUGAGGAAUGAUUAUCACAUGAACCUGGGCCAGUUCCUAGAGUUUCUCAGAAAACACAAAAGUGAGCAUGUUUUUCAGAUACUAUUUGGUAUUGAAAGCAAAAGUUCAGAGUCCUAGGACUCCAUUAAAAUGCUUGUAAUUGUACUAAGUAUUUAUGUUAAUAAGACCAAAAUAAAAGGGCAAAUGGCUCUGUAUAAUUCUGGGUGAAAACCUGCUCUAGAAUUUUCUGACUGAUAAUGAAGCAAAUUCUAUCAGUGUAACUGUGAUGUUGUUUCCAGGUUGCUGUGUAAAGUCGCACCUGAAUACCAUUUCAUUAUAAAUUAAUAAAACGGUCUAUUUAACC